AUGUCACACAGCAUUGCACUUCCAAAGGUAAUCUUCGGAACAAGUUCACUGGGAAAUUUAUAUGUAGCACUCGACGAAGAAACAAAACUUGAAAUCGUUCAAACAUGUAUGCAAUAUCCAUCGAUACAAAAGCCCAUCGUGUUUGAUUGUGCUGGAAAGUAUGGAGCUGGAUUAGCAUUAGAAACACUAGGUCGCUGUCUGCAAACAUUGAAUGUAAAACCCGAAGAGGUGAUCAUCAGUAAUAAACUUGGUUGGUAUCGAACAAACGAACUGGAAGACGGCAUGGAACCGACUUUUGAACCAGGCGUCUGGCGCAACUUAAAAUAUGAUGCCGAACAAAAGAUUAGCUACGAUGGAAUACUUCAAUGUUUCGAACAAGGUAACAAAUUAUUGAAUGGCUACACUGCACAGCUGGUAUCCGUACAUGAUCCCGAUGAGUAUGUUGCCAACGGUGGAGACGAACGUUAUCGUGACAUUAUCGACGCAUAUCGUGCACUGAGUGACUUGAAGAAAGCAGGCAAAGUUACAGCUAUCGGUAUCGGAUCAAAAGAUUGGAAAAUGAUACAACGAGUUAUAGACGAUGUUGAAUUGGAUUGGGUGAUGAUUGCUAAUUGUAUGACUGUGCAUAGUCAUCCUCAUGAGCUAGUCGGUUUUAUGAGAGAAUUAGAACGACGCGGAAUAGUUAUUAUAAAUGCUGCUGUGUUCAAUGGCGGUUUUCUAAUUGGAGAAGAUUAUUAUAAUUAUAAAUUGAUGGAUCCUGUGCACGAUCAACAAUUAUUUCAGUGGCGAAAUGAAUUUUUCAAACUCUGUGAUAAAUAUCGAAUUAAACCGGCACAAGUUUGCAUUACAUUCGGAUUAAAAGCGCCGGGAGUGAAGUGUGUCGCUGUAAAUAUUGCCGAUGUGAAUCGUGUUAGGGAAAAUGUAGAUAUGACACUGGCAGGAGAUGCUGUCAUACCGCUGGAAUUUUGGAAUGAAAUGAAACUACAUGGGUUAAUCGAUAAAAAUUAUCCUUAUCAAUGA